UUGAGCCGAAAGCCAUUAGUAGGGAAGAGGAGAGGCUUCGGGAAGGGACGAGCACAGCAGCCUGGUGGACGGGUGGGGAUUCAUUACCUGGCUGGGGGCUUCAUUGGCUGUUGUCGCCGGAGCUCAGAGGCUGGUCCUCAUAGGCACCUUAGCUCUUUGGGCUCAGUUUUCUGAAACUCACCAAGGGCAUCUGUCUUAGGAGUAUAAGAAGUUAGCGGUAUACAGCAAGAUGCAGGACUCUCUGGAAGUCACCCUUCCCAGCAAACAAGAGGAGGAGGAGGAUGAGGAGGAGGAGGAGGAGGAGGAGGAGAAAGACCAGCCUGCCGAGAUGGAGUACCUUAACUCUCGCUGUGUCCUUUUCACUUAUUUCCAGGGAGACAUUGGGUCAGUAGUGGAUGAACACUUCUCAAGAGCUUUGGGCCAAGCCAGCACCCUCCAUCCAGAAUCUGCCAUUUCAAAAAGCAAGAUGGGGCUAACCCCACUAUGGCGAGACAGCUCAGCUCUCUCAAGCCAGCGGAAUAGUUUCCCGACUUCCUUUUGGACCAGCUCUUACCAGCCCCCACCUGCACCCUGCUUGGGGGGUGUUCAUCCUGACUUCCAGGUCACUGCACCCCCUGGCACCUUUACUGCAGCCGACCCCAGCCCCUGGCCAGGACACGGCCUGCAUCAGACUGGCCCAGCCCCUCCCCCGCCCGCAUCCGAGUCCUGGCACUAUCCUUUGGCAUCUCAGGUGAGCCCAUCCUACAGCCACAUGCAUGAUGUGUACAUGCGGCACCACCACCCCCACGCCCACAUGCACCACCGCCACCACCACCACCGCCACCACCACCCUUCUGCUGGCUCUGCCCUGGAUCCGUCCUAUGGGCCCCUGCUGAUGCCAUCAGUGCGUGCAGCCAGGAUUCCUGCUCCCCAGUGUGACAUCACAAAGACAGACCCGACUACAGUCACCACUGCUACCUCAGCGUGGGCCGGAGCCUUUCAUGGAACCAUGGACUUAGUGCCAAGUGUGGGGUUUGAAACAGGUCUACAGCAUCAAGACAAGAGCAAGGAAUCACCCUGGUACUGAAACACAGUAUUAGCAAGUCAGGUUGAAGUGUGAAUCCAUGGGCCCACUGGGAAAGAGGCUGCCAGGAUUUCCCAUUCUGCAGUGGGACACAAUAGACAUGGAAGAAGAAGAGGAAAUGUCAGCCAGCCAACUUUGGUUUGGAGCCUUUUCUUGAGAAAGCAGAGUGGGUCCUAGACAUUGAAGAAAAGCAUUUUUAUUUGUUUUUUUUUUUUUUUUCCCAAAUUUUGCCUUUUUAAAAUUUGAAAAAUUUUUUUUUUUUUUUUGUCUCGCUUUUAUCAAUACAUGAUUUAAUUUUUGUUUCAUUCUGAUUUUUUUUCUCUUUCCUUUUUGAACCAACCAUCUUGUCAGGAAAAGAUGAACCAGACAUGAAAAUGCUCAUCCUUUCAGGAAUACAAUUUUGUAGCUCUAUGUGUAUCUAUUUUUGUAGAAUACAGAAAGUUUGAUUUAGCAUUGAUGGGCUAUUUUUGAGGGAUGUAUUUUUUUUAAUAUUGUAAAAAUUGGUAAGUUCUGUUUAAAGAACUUGCUCUCAGAGAAGCACUGGCAAAAAUGUUAAAAAUGCUUGUCUUUAAAAUGUCUGUGAUAUGCUCUGUGCUUUCUAGGUUACCUCAAGUGUUUGAUAGUUCCUCCUUUUUACAAAAGUAGCAGCAUAGCCAAGCCAAGAUAGUAUUGUUUUACAUUAAAUCUCAGCGAAGAUUUAAUUCCAUGUUAGCUCACUUAGCUUUGAGUUAUGUGUAUAGAUUGAAAAGGAAGUUUUUUAAUGACCAUACUAAAGAAAGGAUAUUUCAUUACUUCGAUUUGUCCCAAAGAGUACUUGGAGUUUGACUAAGAAGAAAGUUUGCAUCAACUUUCAGUCAGAGGGAGAGACUGCCUGGAGUAUAUGUCUUUCUAGCCCAUCCAACUUUGAUAAAUGGAACCGGUUUGUAUCCAACCACUGGAAAAAAAAAAAUACAUUAACCCAUGCUACCUUUGAUUGCCAGUGACUUAGUUUCCUUGUUUCUAACUAUUCAAUCAUGGCAAUUUUUAAGGUCAUAUUUUAAGUGGAUGUUUUUGUUUGUUUGUUUUCGUUUUUAUUUUCUGAGAUAUUUUGAAUGGAAAAUAUUUGGGAGGGUACUAGACACAGCACAAGCCUUUAAUUCAGUGGCUAUUUCUGACAUUACUCAUCAUUAUAUAUUGAAAAAUAAUAUAUUGUAUAUGUGAUUUUAAACAUAGGUUUUUUUCAAGUCUUUUUUUGGUUGUUUAAAUCUGGUCUUAGUUGAUUGAACUCUUUUUAAGAAAAUGAUUUAGGGUAAAAUGAAAUUUAAAUUAGAACAUGCGACAAUUACUUAAAUUGGGGUAAUAAAUAGGCCAUUUAUUAUUUGAAAUUUAUUCAUGAAAACUCAGGAUUCAACUUGACGUGGCCCUCAGGACCCAAAUAAGGUGAAGUUGGAAUUAUCAUUAAGACCCUAUUGGGAAAAGAUUAGGGUUAUAAAAGUAGCAGUUAGUAAUUUUAAGGAUUUUUGAUUCAAGUCCAUUCUCUCAAAGCUGCUUCCAGAGAUGGGUCACAUUAAAGAGUUAGGGCUAUAUAGAAGUUUUAGUUUGGUAAAAGUUUCUCAAAUGUCCCCCAUCCUUGUCUUCACCAAUAUGAAAUACAGUGUUUAGUGAAAUACCACUUUCCAUUUUCAAUUGUGUAUAUCUUGUGUGUAAAGAUUUUAGCUAUAAGAACAACACAACCUUUGCUCAGCUAGGCAGGGUUCUUACAGAUAAUUUAAAGUAGUUCCCUUAUCUCUGUUUUUUACAUUGGUUGUCUUUCCUGGUGCCUCCUGUGAGUUAUAAAUCUAUACACUCUCUUGUAUUCUUAUCACUCCAUAAAUUGCUUCUUCUUACCUAGACUCACCUUAACACAAUAUGCAUAUUUUUACCUAGUGUGAGGUUGAAACUUAAGGAAUUUUCCACUUACUAAUGACACGAACUUUGAGUUCUAGGGAGUGGCUUGGUUAAAUUAUCUAUAUUUUGAUCUAUAAUUUUAUUUGUUAUGGUUGUAUGUACUUUGUCCAAUCUGUGGAGCAUGAAGUUGAUUGAAUCUAUAAAAUUGGUUUCCUCUUGUGUCCUCCUGAGUUUUCAAAGACAAGUAUUCAGCAGUUCCCAUGGGAUGACUCAUUGGGGAUUAUUUAGUUCCUUCCUCUUCCUUUGGAACCUAUUAACUUCCUUUGCAGUUUCUCUUAGAACAGUGUUGUACUCCAGCUCAUUCAGAUCAUGCAAUUGGAUUUUCCCAAUUAAGGGAGAAGAAAAGUAUUAACUCUCUGCUCCGUUCCUUCUUCUCCAUUGAAUUGAAUUCAAAAGGAGAGCAGACAAUUGGAUAGCUUCACCCUGAAUUUGGACUGUGUUCUGUGCCACUGUAGGAUGGUACAUUGUGCACAGUAGAAUGUAGGAUGAAACAUUCCUUGGCUCUGGGGCCCAAGAAAAGUUGGGGACCUGAAUUCUGCUGUAUCUAGGAAAGAUUUGCAAGUGAGGUCUCUUGUUGAGAAAAGACAUCAUUGACAUAUUGCAAGGAUUAGAUCCUUGCAAGAUAAGGAAUAGAUCAAAGUCUAAAUAAAAAGAGAGUGCAUGUCUCUAUAAUUGCCUGGCAUCCCCUUGUUAUGAUCAUUUUACCUUUACCACCAGAAGUUAUAAAAGAGAAUGGGGUGUAAUUUAGCAUGAUAUUCUGACCUUAAGUUUAAAAUGCUAUCACUGUCUGGUUCUCCUUUCCUCACAUCAAAACGAUGCUGUUGAACUUAUAGGCUUCUAACCUGCUUUAAAGAGGCUACCAGCUUCCUCCCUAAAUCAUUUGAAACCACUCCACCUUUGACUAUUUUAAAAAUUAGACUUUAUUCAAGGUUUUGGAAGAUGUGAGCUAAACCAUAUAAAAUCAUCUCAUUUAUUUGACAUCUAAUCCAGGCUUUGGCCACUACACUAUCAUAAGUUAAUGAACAACUCAUGAGUUGGAUCUCAACAGGCUACUUUGUCCCUCAUCGUUUAUUUGAAAGAGCCUCUAAAUAUUUUAAAAAUCAAUGUUUCUUAAGAAGGUUAAUCAUCCCCUUCCUAACUUUCAUCUGUAAUUUUUCUUCUUUCUCUUUCUCCUUAAAAUUAUUUGCAUUGUCAUUUAAGCAAAAAUGCCCAGGGUUGCUCCAAAUGUUGCAAAUAAGAACCAGUGGUUUGCAAAUAAUUGAGGAAUUAGUUCUUUGAACUUUAUAACAAACCUAAAAAAAACAAACAAACAAAAAAAACCAAAACAAAUUCUAGGCACUGGUGUAAAACAUGCCCUUGAGGAGCUCAUUAUUCAUUUUGCAAACCAUAUUUCCUAUUCCUGUUCUAAGACUUGCAGAAUAGGACUGGAUCUAUCUAGUUUUUGCAUUUGUUCUUUGGUUUAGUUGCAGUCAGAAACUAUAUUUUAAGAAACUAAAUUCUAUUUCUUACUGGGUGUCCCUCCCUUUGUUACACUGUAUUUGCCAAAUUAAGUCAAUGAGGCAUUAGGUGGUGGUAAAGGAAAGUAUACAUGCUGGAGUUUUGACUGGGGGAUGAAUAGAGAAGUAGAAUGAAUUAAUGGAAAAGAUCAUUGGUUUGUAUAUUAGGUAUUCUCUGAAUUCUGUCUUGGCCACAGUUAGAUAUGUGUGAUUUGGGGUUUAUCUUAUGAAGAAAGUGAGAUAAUAAUACCUAACUGGCAGGCUGUGAAGUGUGGAAAUCAUAUCUAUAUGAUAUAUAUAUAUAUAUAUAUAUAUAUAUAUAUAUAUAUAUGAUCAAUCAUAUCUGUCUCAUUAUAGCUAUUUAAUAAAUGACAGACACCACAAAUAUCUAUCAAUUUUGUAAGUAGGUCAUAAAACUGAGCUCCCAAAUGUCCCUUCUCUAUACUUUCCAUAUCUAUUUCUGCAGCAAUCCAAUAGAUAUAUGACUACUUUUUCAUGACAAAUUGUUGCAAGAGAAUCUUUGCCCACUACUAUUUGUUGAAGAUAAAAUGUAAAUUUCUUAAUUAUUUCUGUUACUUUAGUGUGUCAUUUAUGAAAGAAAAUAACCUUUUAGUGGUAUGUAGCCCCAACUGUGAGUUUGGGCUUACAUAUUCCAAAGUUUUAUUCAUCCACGAUCCCAAAUCAAGGCAACAUCUUUAUUAAAUCACCAAAGUUUAUAUUUUUCAAUUAUAUUUUGGGCUUCCUUAGCACCUGGAAUAAAAACAUCUCUUUUGAAGUUAUCCAUUUUUUUUUCUUUUACUUGCCUUGGAGGAAAAAUUGCAGAAUAUGGUGGAAAAAGAUCGUUUGCAUGAAAAGGGGGGGGGGAAGAAAACCCUUUACGAUUUCAGCAGAUUUACUCUGCUUGAGAAAAAAAGAAACAAUUUUAUUGGAAGCAGAUGUUGACACUGUGUCAGUUAUUGAAGAUGGAAAGAGUUCGCUUGAGCCAUUGCAGUUACAAAGGGGUAUUGAUGGCAGUUAGAAUCCCUGUGAUGGAUCACCUUCACAGCAGACAUAAGGACAGCAGAAAAGCAGAAACUGUAUGAGACCACUGAAAUCAGCCUGCUGAUUUUAACGUACAGGAUCCUAAGGAUCCAGUUUCAUUUUGUUUUGUUUUGUUUUUUCUUUCCUCCAGGAUGAAAGACACAUCUUUCAGAAAAUUUAAGGCUUCUUUGAGAAAUUUACUUUUAUUCUCUAAAAACAUGGCCUAAGAGCCCUUUAAAUCUCUUAUUUUUAAAGUACUAAAAGUAUUAUUAAAGUCAUUUUAGAAAAAUCAGGUUAUAGUUUUAGUUCAGUGAUGUAUGUUGAAAAUAAAUACAUAAACUACACAAAAAUGGAUGAUUGAAGAUUGGGGUAUGGGUGGGCCCUUCCAGGAAACCUUGGUCUCAAUAGCUUUAAUUACCUUAGUAACUUGGUCAUGGACAUUGGUCACAGAACAGACUUUCAGGCUUUUCUCUUUUAGUGCUCUCUUGGAAUUUACUCCUAUAUACUCUCCCAAAGUAUAGAAAUAGCCAUUGUUAUUAAAAUAUCUUGAUUUUCUUAUUUCCUUUAUUGUCCAUUAUGCUUUUUUAUUUGUUUGAAAAAAUUUUAUAGUUUCAAAUAAUUAAACUAAUGUUCAGUCAAAAUUGCAAAUUAACUUGAUCCGAUAAUAUGUAAAUGUCCUUUUUAAAGGUCCAAGGCAUACUAUUGAAUUAAGUGUAAUUAUGUAAGUAAACAAUGAUACCUUCUAGAAAAGGGACAGUCACCAUCAAGUAGCUUCCUUUUUAACAAUUUUUGGACUACUAAAUUUUGACUUAAGAAUAACUCUUCUAGAAUAUAAGAUUCUUUAGGGUUCUUUUUUUUUUUUUGGUGUAUGCAUAAGAUGUGAACUUUUCUAAUGAUAUCUCUUUAUACUAGUAGAGAUGUACAUUUUUUUUUUCUAUGCUGUGUCUAGGGCAAAAAUGAAUAAUUAUUUACACACAUGAUUUAAUUUCUUAGGAUAUUUACAAUCUUGGAUAUUAUAUAUGAUUUUAAAAUACUAUUCCAUUCAUUUUUCUGGAUGUACAAUAUAGGGAAGAGUAUUCAUGUGAAUUCUUUGUUCAUUUUAAAGUGCAUAUAUUGAAAGAGAAAACGUGGAUUAAUUUGUUUUUAUCAUAUACAUCUAGGUAAGGUGAAAUACUUUUAUAAAAAAAUAGUGUAGAAGACUAUAUUUGUCACUUGGUUAGGUAAACUGAAAAUAAUAAUAGAAAUAUUAUCUUACAACAUUGAAAUACAAUGAAAUUCCAGACUUGAGAGUUUUAUGACCAAUUUUAUGCUAUCUUAAUUUUACAUUUCCAGAAAGACAAAUUAACUAAUCUUACCUAGUUGUCAGUCUUUAAUUCAUAAAACUUUUGGGUUUACAAGCACAUUAUGGAAUCAUAAUUUUUGUUUGUUUUUCUUGGGAUUGUGGAAAGAGACAUUUUCAUAUUUCUAUUCACUCUUCAAAUGCAGGUCACAUAACUAUGUGUCAAUGAUAUAAGAUGAUGGAGGACUUUGUAGUAAAAACUGUCACCUUCAAUUUGUUCAAUAAAUAAUUUAAUGUGAA